AUGACAUGUGAUGCCAAAUACAAUUCGGCUCAGCACAUACUAUCCAUGAAAAGAGACGAUCAAGCCUCAUCUGACAACAUUCCUCAUGAGCGACUUUUACCUUCUUCUAUUCUUCACAUUCUGGAUGCAGAAUCUUCAAUCCUAGAUACGAGAGAAUAUGGUGUAGAAAAACCCUUAGUUUAUUAUCUUCCCGAACGUGGUUCUCCAGAAUGGUUUGCUCUUUAUGUUUUUGUUCGUCAUACUGCCGAUUUCUCUCAUGUUGUUCAUCAGACCUCUGACUUACCAGAAGAAGAUCAAGACAAGUGUCCUAUUUGUGCUGGUAUCUUUCAAGCUGGUGAUCGUUACAUUCCUCUCUCUUGUCAUGCUUCUCAUUGUCUCCACGAAGCUUGCUUGACUGAAUUGGCGGUACACUCUCGCGACUUCUUAUGCCCCCUAUGUCGUGAACGUCCAUACCCUGAGUAG